AUGGCAGCUGCCAGGGAGGACCGGCCCCGGCCGCGGGGGCGGGCGCGCCAGCGCCGCACGGGUCGGCGCCUGCCUCCCGCCGUUGGGACUGCUGGCAGCCGGCUUGCAAAGCGGCGGGCGCGGCGCUGCACGGGCAUGGAGGAGAUCGCUGCUGCCUCCCAGGACGACGCGGACCUCUUCCCGAGGGUUGCCUACACCUUUCACAGGUGGCUGGUCGACAGUACGUCCAUGAAAGACGACACGGCGGGGAUCUACGUUGGCCAGCUCAGGCUCCUGUUCCAGGACGACUCCAGGUCCCUCCUCGCUAUGGCCAGCGAGGAGUACUUCAACAUCGUCAAGAGCUCCGUCCCGAACCUUCGCACCAAGGGCAGGAGGGCCACUUGCGUCAGGAAGUUCAUCGAUUUCUGGAAAGCCAGGGGCGGCAAGAUGUGGAGCCGGAAGGACGGGCGCGGCUGGAGGAGGGUGCCGCCGGGCGCCGCACUCUACACCCUGAAGCCGCGCGGCGGUGGCCGGCCAGAGGAGCCCGGCGGCGACCAGGCGGCCCAGCCAGCCAGGGGGGCGGAGGUGAGCUCGACCCACGAGGCAGCAGUCGAUGGCGCCCUGCCCGAGGCGGAGGCCAAGGCGAGGAGGCAGCUGGCGGGGGAGGCGGACGCCCGACCAGAGCCGAAGGGCGAGAAGCGGCACGGGCUACGCCAGCGCAGCGUCGGCACAAUCAAGGAGGUCCCACUGGAUGGGCGGGUGAGCAGGUGCCAGAGGCUCGGGAGCGCCAACCAGUACGGGUGUCAGCUCCGCAGGGUGCUGGUCGUGCAGGGCAGCGGCAGCUCCGACGUCGACGGCCGCUACCUGCGCUUCAGGAGCUGCAGCCGCGGGAGGCCCUGCUACAGCAGAGCGGGCGACCAUGAGAUGUACCUCUACUGGAACAGGGCCUGGUACAUCGGCUCCGCCUUCGGAUCGCGGGAUCCGGCCCAGGCCCAGGCGCAGAUCCGGGAGGCGGGGCCCCCGGACGCGGUCCCGUGCGAGCCCUACCCGGCCACGUGGCGCGGUGCCCGCCGCGCCAUCGCGGACGAGGUGCCCGCGACGGAGCGCGAUACCGACGGGUGCGGCAACUUGCUGAACGCCAGCGCCGCUUCCACGGCCAAGAGCAGCCCCCCUGGCAACCGGGACCGCUCCGCGGGCGCGGCCUCCGAGGCGCUCCGCAGGGGGGCGCCCGAGCUCGUGCGCAGCCUCCUCUCCGACGCACCCUUCGGCGCCGCCGCCCGCGGCGAGGGCGAGACGGAGCCGCCGGAGGCGGAGGCCGCCGCGGCCAGCAGCAGCGGCGGCGGGUCCUCGUCGUCCAGCGAGGAGAGCGCCGAGGACUCCCCGCCCGCCGUUCUGGCGGGAUGGAGCACCGGCGGGUCCGCGCCCUCCUCGGGGGCGGCGGCCGCGUCCAAGGGAGCGGCGGCCGACUUCAAGGAGAUGCUGCGCGACCACGUGCUCAGGCCGCCCGGCGGCCCCGCCGACGUGGCCAGGAAGCUGCGGAGGAUGAGGCUCUGCUGCCAGGACGGCGUCGCGUUCGAGAAGUCCCACCUGUCUCGCAUGAGGCAUCGCCUGUCCCGCGUCGAGAUGCUGGGCGCGGUGGCGGAGCUCGAGCGCGAGCUGCGGGCGGGAGGAGCCGCUGCAGAGGCCCAGCUCGACGGCGGCGCCCACGAGGCCCAGGAGCCCUCCUGUGCGCCGAGCGAGGUUGCGCCGGCGCGGUGCCAGCCCCCCGACCACCGCACGGCCCAGCCCGGCCCGCCUGCACUGAGGCCGAGGAUUGGCCUCGGGACGGGCCCCAGCGGCCUGCCGGGGCGCGGGUCACCUACUGCGACGGCUCCGUCGACGGGACCGCCGCCUCGGUGCCCAUCGUGUCCUACCGCUCCGAGCCCCUGCUCUGGUUCUUCCAGCCCGGCGCGCGGGUGACGUGCGACAGGUGCGGGCUGCACUGGCCGCAGAGUAUGGGCAUGAUGACGGGCGCUCCGGGCAAGACGCAGUUCGCCCAGGACCAGUUCUGGUGCACCGAGUGCGCGGCGGCCUGGUGGCACGCCAGCGUCGCCGCCUCGGCGAGCGCGGGCGUCGCGGAGGCCUCGGCCGCCGUGGGCGCCGGCUGAGGGCGGAGCGGGCCGUGGCCGGGCGCUCUUCUCGGAGAGGCUGGCGGGAUGAGGGGCUGCCUGCCCGCCUCCCCGGCUCGGCUGCACGCGCACCCGACCGCUCCUCUUCCCGCACAGGCCGCUCCUGCCCGCGCGGCCGACCCGAGCGCGCGGCCCGCGGAGCCUCUCUGUCCCGCUGCGCGCGCGGAGGGGGGGGCACUGGCGCAGUGGACCCGCAUGCGGGGCCGGGCGGUCCCUGCAGCGGCCAUGGGCUCUUGUCAG